AGUGUUCCCUGCUUUCCUGUCCGGCGGGGCCCCAGACCCCGCACUUUCCGUUCUGUCCGCAGGCCGUUCGCUCCGGCUCCGGAAGCCCCUUCCGCCCGUGCUCUGAGCCGCUGCCGGGCCGUGCCCUCCGCCCACUGACCAUGCCCGCGGGCGUGCCCUGGACCACCUACCUGAAGAUGUUCACCGCCAGCCUCCUGGCCAUGUUCGCGGGGUCCCAAGUGGUGCACAGGUACUACCUGCCGGACCUGACAAUACCUGAAAUCCCACCAAAGCCUGGAGAACUCAAAACGGAGCUUUUGGGACUGAAAGAGAGGCAACACAACCCUCAAACUUCUCAGCAGUAGAAACCUCAAAAUACAACUCUGCCAAGAACUCUGUGAAUAAGUCUUAAAUAUAUAUUUUUAAAAUUGA